AUGAUGAGUACAGCCACCGCCAUGCAGUCGGCGGCGGAGCAGGCCGAGGCCGAGGCGCAACUGGCCUGGGAGCGCGAGAUGGAGCUGGCAGUGCAGGGUCGCGGCCGCACACGCAGUCGCUCCAUCCUCGCGGACGACGAGGACGAGAAUCAGAGAAGCGACCGCAGGAGACGCGGCACGGCGCUUCCUGAUGAUGUGCCGGCCUCAGAGAGCGCUCAGGACGCCGAUAGACGCUCUAGAGCGCGUUGCUUCAGCUCUCGCGAGGCUGGAACGAGCGAGGACGACGAUGCGCGAGCCAGGAGACGCAGCUGCUCGUUCUCGGCUCUGGAGCCUCCCAGAAACCUCGCGAGAGUCGAUUCAGAGACAGAAGAAGAUGCCGAGACUAUGGCGAAGCGGGCCGCAUCGCUUUCUAAGAUCUACUUGGCCGGAUCGGCUCCUGUGGACGUGUCCAAGCUGCAGGAUGAUAGUAAAAUCGUGGGAGUUAAGAAGGUGGAGGUAGUCCAACCCACAGGUGCGCUGUCCGCUGCAGCGCUGGACGCUCUUUCCGAGGGAUUGCAACUGUCCGUGGACAAUAGUCCCAUGCCGCCGUCGGGAUACGGAGAUGAGCAGCUCACGGAAGAACAGCUGGAGGAGAAGAAGAUGGAGGAGGAGGAAGACCAUAAACUCAAGGCGGAGAAGCUCACCGCCAGGAGGUCGCUCAGUGUGAGAGCCUCACUGUUUCGAAACAAAAUGUUCAAGAGCACCUCGAGAUUACUGGGGAACUCGGAAGAGGGCGCCGAGUUGGAAGCGGCAAGAAUUGCCGGACAGAGAACUACUGGCGCUGAGAAGCUGACGAACGAGGUGACGGCGGAAACAGUCCCCGUGGUCCCGAAGAAGAGGCAUAAACUCAAGUUGUUGCUGCUUGGAGAUAGCGGUGUCGGUAAAACGAGUUUGAUGCGCGUAUUCUCUGGUGAUGAGUUCUCCGAGUCGAUGCUGGCCACUGCUGGUGUGGAUUUCAAGCUUCGACAUAUUAAUGUUGCGGACGAAGCGAUCACUCUCCAGAUCUGGGAUACCGCAGGUCAAGAGCGUUUCCAUCGUAUCACUGCUACAUAUUACAAGGGUGCGAACGGCAUUGUCCUCGUGUACGACGUUAGCGACAGACGCAGCUUCGACAAUGUUGGUUACUGGAUGAACAACAUUCGACAGUACUCGACUCCGACGCAGAUGCCUGCGAUGCUGCUCGUAGGAAACAAAAUCGAUCUGCCAAAUCGCGUGGUGACGCUGGAGGAAGGUCAAGCAGCUGCAAGCCAAUAUGGCUGCCGAUUUAUUGAAACGAGUGCAAAGACGUCAGAAAACACGAACGGCGCGCUCGAAACUAUUGCGCGUGAUGCCCGCCCUUACACAAAAAAUGGUGAUGGACCGGGAGAAGACGCUGGCUGGUCGCCGUAAUAAGGAAAAUUGCGUUAUUCAGUAGAGAACGUUCGCAGUUUUCUGCACCCUCUCCGCCCGAUCAGUACUAAAGGCAAUUAGUCUUGGUAGCAGUGAACCAAGUAAACGAACAGCGCGAAGAGAUCAGGGAGUGCUACCGAUAAGGGGGUAGACACACC